CUAUGCAGAAGGUGGCAGAGUCAAUUUGAUGGGAACACAGUAUGAGAGUAGCCUUUUCUCGAGUUCAUUAUCUGAAUUGUUUAGUAUGAAGUUGAGACUAUCGUCAAACAAUGCACAAUAUGGGCAGUCAGUUGAUAGUGUUGCCUCAAACUAUGAGGAAGAGGAUGUUUUUGAAUCCCUUGAAGAAAUGGAGGCCCAAACCAUUGGAAACCUUCUCCCCAAUGACGAUGAGUUGCUUUCUGGAGUUACCGAUGGGCUUGAAUAUAAUGUUCCACUCACUGCAGGUGAUGAUACUGAGGAGUUAGAUAUUUUUAGCAGCAGUGGAGGGAUGGAUUUGGGAGACGAUGGUUUGUCAGCUGGACUGAACAAUGUUGAUCGCCCUGGAGGAGUUUCUAAUGGCCUGCAAUGCAAUGGUUCAUUACUGGGAGAACACCCUCAUGGUGAACACCCUUCGAGGACAUUGUUUGUGAGAAAUAUAAAUAGUAACAUUGAAGACUCGGAGUUGAGAACCCUGUUUGAGCAAUAUGGAGACAUUCGGACUCUUUAUACAGCCUGCAAACAUCGUGGGUUUGUCAUGAUAUCAUAUUAUGAUAUCAGAGCAGCCCGGAAUGCGAUGAAAGCACUCCAGAACAAACCCUUGAGGCGCCGGAAGCUUGAUAUUCACUACUCAAUUCCAAAGGACAAUCCUUCUGAGAAAGAUGUUAAUCAGGGCAUUCUUGUGGUAUUCAACCUUGAUUCUUCUGUUUCUAAUGACGAACUUCGUGAGCUUUUUGGUGUCUACGGUGAAAUCAAAGAGAUCCGUGAAACACCAAAUAGAAUUCAUCACAAGUUUAUCGAAUUUUAUGAUGUUAGAGCUGCAGAAUCUGCUCUUAAUGCCCUGAACAUGAGUGAUAUAGCCGGGAAGAGAAUAAAGCUUGAGCCAAGUCGUCCUGGAGGUGCAAAAAGGAGCUCGGGGUUAGAGCAGGAUGAUUGUGGCCUUUAUUUGCAGCAGAGUAGCCCUCCUAGUAAUUCUGUUACUGGUUUCUCUGGUGCAGUUACAUCCUCUGGCACAGAUAAUGGAUCUGUUAUGGCUGUACACUCUGCAGCUCCGUCUUUUGAGAACAUGUUCCAUCAUGGGAUCUCAUCUAGUGUACCCAACAGCCUAUCAUCUGUAAUGAGAGUUGAGUCAGCAGUCAGUCAGUCUGGCUUUAAUGAGUCCAUUCAUUCAGCAAGCCCGCUGAAAUUUGACAUCCACGGCUCACCAGCUUUUCAUCCUCAUUCACUUCCAGAGUAUCACAAUGGUUCCCCUAAUUGUGCCAACUGCGGUUCAACAGGCAGUGUAUCUGCAAGUAUCAAUGUCAGACAACCAGAAAGAAUUGAUAACAGGCACUUCCCCAGAGUCUCUAGUGGGCACUCACUUGAACUUAAUGAUAGUGUUUUUGGAUCGUCGGGUAAUGUGAACGGCCCUAAUCCUGGACAUCAUUAUGCAUGGAACAAUUCCUUUCAGCCUCAGGGUCCAGGUAUGAUGUGGUCAAAUUCACCAUCAUAUGCUAAUGGAAUCUCGGCAGCUCAUUCCCCACAGCGGAUGCAUGGACUUCCUAGAGCACCAUCUCAUAUGUUAAACCCAGCAAUGCCCAUAAAUAACCAUCAUGUGGGUUCAGCCCUAGGGCCUAACUCAAUCUGGGACCAGAGACAAGCAUAUGCAGGGGAAUCCCCCGAUGCAUCUGGAUUUCAUCCAGGCUCUCUUGGGAAUAUGAGAAUGCCAAAUAAAUCACCGCAUUCGUUGGACUAUGUUUCUCAUAACAUGUUUCCUCAUGUUAAUGGAAACGGCAUGGACCUAUCAGUUCCCCACAAAAAUGUAGGACUCCAGGCUCAUCAUCAAAGGUGCAUGAUGUAUCCUGGAAGAAGCCAGAUGGGUCCUGUUAUGAAUUCAUUUGAUCAACCUACUGAACGUCCAAGAAAUCGUAGAAAUGAAGGCAGCUCAAAUCAGGAUAACAAGAAACAGUUCGAACUUGAUAUUGACCGCAUCAUGCGAGGGGAUGACACCAGAACAACGCUUAUGAUAAAGAAUAUUCCCAACAAGUAUACCUCAAAGAUGCUAUUGGCUGCAAUUGAUGAGCGCCAUCGUGGAACAUAUGAUUUCAUCUAUCUGCCAAUUGAUUUUAAGAACAAAUGCAAUGUGGGGUAUGCAUUCAUCAAUAUGACUGAUCCCAGACAGAUUGUUCCAUUUUAUCAGUCAUUCAAUGGGAAGAAAUGGGAGAAGUUUAAUAGUGAGAAGGUGGCAUCACUUGCGUAUGCUCGAAUUCAAGGCAAAUCUGCUCUGAUUGCACAUUUUCAGAACUCAAGCCUGAUGAAUGAGGACAAGCGAUGCCGUCCAAUUCUCUUCAACACUGAUGGCCCCAAUGCAGGUGAUCAGGUGCCCUUCCCGAUGGGUGUUAAUGUUCGUACGAGACCUGGAAAGUCUCGAACAACCACCAAUGAGGAGAACAAUGGAGGGAGUCCACCAAACUCAGGAGAUGGGGAACAUUCUUGGAAUGGAGGUUCAUCUGCAGGUUCUAAGGACGCGGACUAAGAAACCCGUUAUUUUUUGGGUUACUAACCAUAUAGGGCUGAAAAUCUAAUUUGCUUCCACUCUGAAUCAUGGUGAGAUAUACUUGGGUGGAGAGGAGCCAACAAAAGUACCUAUCCGAGUUUCUUACCAGCCUGCCUAAACUUUAGAGGACUGCUUAGCCAAUACUAAGCAAUUUUCAGUUUUCUCUACUACUUUUGUGUUUAAUUCUAAAGCAGUUUAGGACAAAAACCAAAAAAAAAAAAAGAGAGAGAGAAGUUUUGGAGCUUCAAAAUUUUUGGAUGGACUUGAAGCUAUUACUUUUUAAGAGGAAACAAGAAAUAUAUGUAUAGAGGAGUUACUGUGCAGAGAAGAGAUUGUUUGUUGUGGAUUGAUGAGGAGGCUUACAACUGCUCUAUCUUUUUCCCCCAAUUCUUUAAAGUUUUCUUUUGGGGUUAUCUGUAAUUUAGUUCAUGGGGUUGGAACCCAUCUGUAACUAUAAAG